AUGGCAGCUGUGAUGUUAGUUGUCACGGCACACAACUGCCUCAACCCGUCUCCAGGCAAGUGUACUCGUGAUUUUCACGGGGCCACAAACCGGACCUUGAAGAAUCACGCCUAUCAGACAAAGAUCACAGCAUCUGUUGUGAUCUGCGGGCGUGACUGCUCUAUGGACCCACGGUGUGCAUCCUUCAACUUCAAUUCCUGCAGACGGGUCUGCGAGCUCAACGCGGCAACUAGGAUCCAGAGACCCGUGGGAGACUUCAUUGAGCUGCAUGGCAGUGUCUACUUCGACGAGGACCUGGAAACGCCUCUCACUUCGGCGGUGGGCCCUGCAAGGUACGGCAGCUGCAAGGAGCUCCUGGAGGCAUGCCACACCGAGAACGGCAUCUACACCAUCUUUCCCACCGGUACGUCGGGCACCGGUGAGAUCCAGGUCUACUGCGACAUGGAGACCGACGGUGGCGGCUGGAUCGUGUUUCAGAGGCGGCGAGACGGCACGGUGGACUUCUACCGGACUUGGACCGAGUACCGGUCCGGCUUCGGUGAACUUGACGGCGAGUUCUGGUUGGGGAACGAGCACCUGCGCGGACUCACUCAGUCGGGGCAGUGGCGUCUGAGAGUAGACCUGGGUGACUGGGAUGGCACGGAGACCUGGGCCGAGUACGGAGAGUUCGCCGUGUCUGGAGACAGUUUCACCCUUCGCGUGGGUGGGUACGAUCCAAGAAGUACCACAGGCGAUUCCAUGGGCGUUCACAACGGCCUUGACUUUAUCACCAAGGAAGGUGGUAACUGCGCACUCCAGUACGAAGGCGCCUGGUGGUUCGCCUGGUGCCUGGAUUCGCAUCUCAACGGGAAAUAUUAUGAUCAAGCUACGUACAACCUUGGCAUCAUGUGGUCCAUAAGAAAAAGGUAUUAUCAAAAUAAUUAUCAGUACUAUACUGAGUUUAAUUCUUUGAAAUCCUGUUCUAUGAAAAUGAGGGAGGUACUGUGA